AAAGAAAUAUGUAAAAAGAGAAAAAAAAUUCAAGAAACAGCAACGGUAAUCGGUGGUCGAUUGUGGUUGGCAGGGACAACAAGGGCGCCGAGAACGAAACGAAAACGUAAAAAAGAUGUGGAAAAAGGCUUCCGAAGCGUUUAAAGACUUUAGCAGUCUAUGCGUAGUGAAUCUUGCUCCUCGAUCAUCGCUUCGGAAUCCUGACAUUGAAGCUGCGGUGAUAAAAGCCACCAGCCAUAAUGACUCCCACAUUGAUUACCACAGCGCACAGCGCAUAUUUGCAUGGAUACGUGUUUCUAGCCAUUACGCUCGGCCAGUAAUGUCGGCGAUUUCCACCAGAAUGGAAAAGACCCGAAGCUGGACGGUGGCCUUGAAAGGGCUCAUGCUUUUGCAUGGCGUCUUCAGUUGCAAAGUCCCUGCCGUUCAAAAGAUCGGCCGGUUACCGUUUAAUCUCUCGAAUUAUAGAGAUCGGAACCCUAAUUGUUCUCACCACGAAGAGUUCAUUCGUGCUUAUUAUAAGUUUCUUGAUAAAAAAUCAUCGUUCUUGUUCAACCAUUCGCAGGAACGGAAAGAUCAAGGAAGGACCAGAAGGGGAAAGGAAACCAAAGAGAAGCCGAAACAAUCUUCCAUGAUGAAAGAUCUUGUUUGGCUGGAAAAUCUUCAAGAAUUGCUCGAUAUAUUGCUCAAGAUCAAACCGCAGAAAGAAACGAUGAUGAAUGUUUUGGUUCUUGAAGUAAUGGAUUGCAUUAUGAUCGAGAUCUUCGACAUUUACAUUCGCAUUUGUAAUGGAAUUGCCGGGGUUCUUGUGAGGAUAUACUCCGCGGCGACAUCGGAAGCCGGAAGGGCGUUAUCCAUUCUGCAAAAAGCAGCAGUUCAAGGCGAGGAAUUGUCUCGAUAUGUCCAGUUCUCCAAGGAUUUCGGGGUUCUCAAAGCAUCGGAAUGCCCCAAGAUCGUGAAUAUUCGCCCAGAAGAUAUUCGAGCGCUCGAGCAAGUAAUAAAUAGUGAUGCAUUCCAACAGAGAUCCGAACAGUCGAGUCCAAAAGAAGAGGAUAAAUCGAUGAUGUCCGAGGAGGAUAAAGAUGACGAUGCGCCAAACGAUUCUACAAGCGAUUCGGAAACCACAAUCACCGACGAUUCCGAGGAUUUCGACCAAGAACAGGAGAAGAGGAACUAGGAUCGAGAUGUUAUCAGUCCGGUUUCACCUCCUGUUGCGCAGGAAUCGAUUCUUUUGCUUCUGAACACAAUAUGGAAUCCGAUGUAGCCUCUGGUCCUGGGUGUAAUUUAUCGAUUGACGCAAAAUAAAUGAAUGAAACUAUUAUACGAAUAA